AUCAGCUGAUGCUGUAUUUUAAACAUACGGGGCAACAAGCACUGGUGGGAGUGUUUGAUGUUACCAUGGUAACCAUUCCUGUCUCCCUCCUCUUUUUCUCAGUUUUUUCUCCUGCAGAUCAGAGUCGUCUCAGAACUUUCCACAUCAUUGAGAAGAGUAUGACUCAGUCUGAGGCUCAAGCAGCUUGCAGAACAAAGUACACUGACCUGGUCACUGUGUACAGUGCUGAAGACAACACUGAACUGACUGAUCUGAUUAAUCUGAUUAAUGACCCUGGUGUAACUGCUUGGAUUGGUCUGAACCGCAAUCAGUCCAUCAGUGAUAAAUGGUCAAAUGGAGAUGAUGUUACAUUCAGUAAUCUGACAGGGGUCUGUGGGUCAGGGUCCUGCUGUGCUGCUAUGAAGGCUGAUGGUUCAUGGGAAAAUCUUCAGUGCACAGAGAAAAAAAAUUUCAUGUGUUAUAAACAAGACCUCACCCUCAAUUAUCAUUUAAUCUUUGACUCUAUGAGCUGGUAUGAAGCUCAGAGUUACUGCAGGAAGAACUACACUGAUCUGGUCAGCAUCACAGAUCAGAACCAGAAUGAAGCAGUGAAGAUAGAAGGGCUGAAGAGCAGCACAUCCUUCUGGAUCGGCCUGCUGCGUGAUGACUGGGAGUGGACUGAUGGAGGACGCUCUGCCUACAGAAACUGGGAGACUAACCAGCCUUGGUCAUCAGUAGACUGUGUCCGAUUGAAAGACGGGAAAUGGGAAUCAAAGCCAUGCAGUUCCGUUUAUUCUGCUCUGUGCUACAGCGCACUCAUCCAUGUCAGUGAUGAUCAUAUGAGCUGGGAGAGCGCUCUGGAUUACUGUAAGAAAGAUAACAGGAAUGAUAUUCUGCGCAUUGAGUCUGACCUGGACAAGAAAGAGGUGGAGUUUGAGCUCAGGAGGAGGCGUGUCUCUGGGCCUCUGUGGGUGGGGCUUGGACAGAGUCGACUCUCUGAGCUGCUGAAGUCCAAUAAACUGGCUUUGGGACCCUGGACCAACUGGAAUAAGAGACAGACAGAGUCUCCACCGUCCCUCAGCUGUUCUAGUACAGACACUGUGGAGAAAACACUUAGGCAGAAGAUGGACAUGUCUGCUCUUAGAGCUGUUUGUGAAGUUAAACAACCGUAAAAGCCAGUUUUCUCAAUCCUGGAAGAACAGGGUGCUGCACACUAAACUGUACAGAAACGCUUCAUACAUUUAGUGCCUUUAAUCCUUCACUCGUCAAAAACACACUUUCCAAAAUGUUUUAGCUUCUUGUUGCUUAUAAGGUAGAUUUUGGUGAAGUAAAUGUUUUACUCAGAUUAUCAUUCUAAUAAGAGCAAUCGGAUGACCAUUUGAGAUAAUUCAUUGUAGCUGUUUAAUUUCUG